AUGCUCAUGUGCACCCUCCCGAUGCCCAGCACUCACCACGAGCAGAGCACAACAAUAGGUUCCAUCCUGAAAGCGUACGAAAGCGGCGUCGCACUUCCCCAAAGAAUCGUCCUUCGAUGCAACGGCGCCAUACUAGAAUCAAGUGACACCAUUUCGAAACUCAACAUCAACCUUGACAAAGUCAUUCUCAUCGAGGCAGUUGCCCAGACAAGUCCAAACUCUUCCGAUAGCAUCUUCCAGAGAGAACCACUUCACGCCCGUUCAAUCAACAAUGUGGUGAUGAGAACAGAAGCAAGCAUGGACCAGCAGGGCCCAGUGAAGCAAAUCUCUCUCUCAGAUAGAUUUACCCAUGCUCUGCCAUAUAAUUUGCAGCCACCACCCGGUGUUGACAAAAUUCGGCUUGUCAAUGUGAUGAACCUCAUUUGCAAAUAUGAAGGGACCGACAAAAAUGCUUUGAGUGAGCACUUACUCACUUACGGAGAGUUGAUGUUGCUUUUCACCAUGGUCGAUUUUGUGCAUGAGAAACUGGCUGAGCUUCGUGACCUACAAGGAUCGAACUUUAGAUCAUUUACCGCGAACGAUCGUCUACUCAUUUUGAAUCAGUGGCACCUUCUGACGCCUGAAUUAUGCCAAUGGUAUCAAAGACGAGCGGUGUUAUUCAUCGACUCCGCCAGCAUAGAGAAGGGGUUCGCCGAACAAGAAAUGAACCGUUUCAAAAGUGAGAAUGCUGGUUUCUAUGCGUUCUUCCUCUCGACCAAAAAUAAAUAUCAUGAACAAGCGAAGACGUACGGAUCAGACAAAGCUUUCUUGAUGGUGCAUUCGGAUUGGCGAGUAAUGAGCCACCGCAAGAUUGCAUAUUGGGUCCGAUGUGGUCGGAGCCUUCAAUACAUGCCAGUCACCGACUCAGACACUUUGCCCCAAACUCAGAACAUUCAGUCUGCAAACCCUUGUGAAGAAAAGACCAUGGAUAACUCCCAUUCAAAACGUUCCGAAUCGGAAAUGCCUCAACCCGACGAGCCCCAAGCAGAGCCCUCGGAACAAUUCAGUCUGCAACCCCUUUUCGCCAAUUGCACCCCAGAGCUUCUAGAAGCUGGAGUUAAACAUGGAGUCAACUUGCUAGAACGUCUGAAGGAACCCCUGCGCCGAGUCGACCCUGAUCUGGAGGCAGCCGAAUGGCUGAAGAUUAUUGAGAAUCUUCAGAAGCAAGCCGAGCAGCCAAAAACUAUCGUUGGUGUUGUUGGAAACACGGGUGCUGGAAAGUCGUCUGUAAUCAAUGCAAUGCUUGACGAGGAACGUCUUGUGCCGACUAACUGUAUGCGAGCAUGUACGGCGGUUGUUACGGAAAUCUCAUACAACUACGAAGACAUACCAUAUCGCGCAGAGAUUGAAUUCAUAACAGAGAAAGACUGGGAGAAGGAGCUGCAGGUCCUAUUCAGCGAUCUGUUGGAUAGUAAUGGAAAAGUCUCUCGCGAGGCAUCGAACCAAGACUCUGAAGCUGGUGUUGCAUACGCCAAGAUAAAGGCAGUCUAUCCCAAAUAUACGCACGAAAUGUUGACGAAGACUACUGCCGAGAAGUUAUUGAAACACCCUGCAGUUCAAAAGGUUCUUGGUGAAAAGAAAGAUAUUGCCGAUUCGAACCCAGCAGCGUUCUAUAAGCAUCUUCAGUCUUAUGUUGAUAGCAAAGAGAAGACAACCGGUGCGGAGAAGAAGCCAGCGCGGAACUCCACGGAAAUAGAGUAUUGGCCUCUGAUAAAAGUGGUCCGUAUCUACGUCAAAGCAGAAGCCUUAUCAACGGGCGCUGUGAUUGUCGACUUACCUGGAGUUCACGACUCAAAUGCUGCUCGUGCUCGUGUAGCCGAAGGCUAUAUGAAGCAAUGCACUGGAUUGUGGAUUGUAGCUCCAAUUACUCGGGCCGUUGAUGAUAAAGCCGCAGAGUCUCUUCUUGGGGAGACACUCAAGCGACAACUGAAGAUGGAUGGCGGGUUCGAUUCAGUCACAUUCAUAUGUAGCAAAACUGAUGACAUCAGCAUCCUCGAAGCGCAAGAGUCAUUGGGACUAGAGCAAGAAAUGGGUGGGCUCUGGGCUAAAUCUGACGAGUACAAUUUGGAAAAGCGGAAGCAUAAAAAACGACUUGAUGAGUUGAAGGAGACAAAGGAAGAAUACAAUGCAGUUGUGGAUGAAGUUGAUGAGCAAAUUGAGAUUUGGGAGGCCCUCAAGGAUGACAUUGAUGAUGGCAAAACAGUAUAUGCGCCACGGGACAAUGCAUCUUCCAAGAAACGAAAACGCGGUAGUAAGGGCAAGGAUCCACCACGGAAGAGGCAGCGUUCAUCAGACUCCGAUCUCGACAGUGAUUAUGCCAGCAAUGACGAUAAUGACGGGGCUGAAAGCGAAGGAGAUGAUUCUGAAUCCCAAGGGGAACCUCUUACCUCGGAAGCUAUUGAGGAGAAGCUUUCUGAAUUGAAGACAACGAAGAAAGAGGGUCGUCGCCACAGGCAAGAGAUUGAAGCCGAAAUGAAAGUUGUUCGGAAGCAAAUAGCGGGAAUCAAUGAAGAGGAUGCCAAGGUCAAAGCGGAAAUGAAUCACAUUGCAAUUUCUGGUCGAAACGAGUAUUCUCGAGGCGCCAUUCAGCAAGACUUCGCCAGUGGUAUUCGAGAGCUUGACCAUGAGCUUGCUGAAGAGACCGAUGCGUCGAACUUCAAUCCCGACGUCGAUAUUCGCGAUUACGACAGGGUUGCUCAGUCUCUACCUGUAUUCUGUGCCUCCUCUCGAGCAUAUCAAAAGCUUUCGGGUCGUUUCCAAAAGGAGGCAAACGUACCCGGAUUUCAAACCGUUGAGGAAACUGAAAUUCCUCAGCUUCAAGCUCAUUGUAAGAAGUUGACUGAAGCUAGUAGGGAGACAAACUCUCGUCGCUUCCUAAAUACGCUGGAUCAGCUCCUCAACUCUCUUCGACUCGUCACGUCUUCGGACGGGCUUCAAGUCACCGACAAGCAGAAGGCUGCUCGAGCCGCAAUCGUUGAGAGCACCUAUAAUCAGCUGGACAAGGAAAUUGUCCAGCAUAUCAAAAAAAUCUGUGAUCAAAUAGCUGAAGAGAUUAAAUCCGACAUAAUCGAGGCUUGUAACAAGGCAACUCCUACGGCAUCUGAAGCAGCCGUCGAUACGGUAUCACGGUGGGGCGCACCAGUCAAUCGUUUCAACCGUGCUGAAGGUGGAUUCCUCUGGGCUACUUACAAAGCCUUGUGCCGUCGUAAUGGUGUCUAUGCCAAUGCUCAAGGAGCCCAUGACUGGAAUGCCGAGUUGAUAGAACCUAUUAUGAAAGCUGUGGCUCCGGGCUGGGAAAAAGUAUUCUCGCGACGAGCUCAUACGAUCUUCAAUAACGCUGGAUCCGAAAGCGCAAAUCUUCUUAAAAACUUCCAUGAUACUGUUUAUAAGAAGAUUACCCAAGCUACCGGAUCGCUCGGCAGCCUUCAUAUGCUCACACAGCAAUUGCGCAUCUAUCAGCAAUCUAUCAAGGAUAUUUUCAACCAGCAAGUAUUGGAUAUGUCGAUGCAGUCGAGAGAUAUCAACCGCAUGUUUGAGCCGGUUGUUGUCGAAGCAAUGGUCCCUGCAUAUGCCAUUUGUGUGGAAGAGCGAGGUACUGGAAGCUUUAUGCGUAUGAAAGCCGCCAUGUUUUCCCAUGUGUCUAGCCACCGCACUUCUAUGUUUGAAAAGAGUGUGGAGGAAGUUCACGCAGCUCUUGACAGGAUGCGCGAAACAAUAGAGGAAGCUCUCCUUGCCAAAACCGAUACUACUCUUAUGUCGUUGAAACGUGACUAUAGGUCUGCAGUUGUCGGUAGCCAGUCAUCCGCUGGUGGUACUUUACCGAGAGAGAAACGCAGUGCACUUCAGGAGAUCUUACAGCAUAUCAAUGAUUGUGAGACAUCUUACAAGGAACUGACUCAGCCCGAGACCCAGGAGGACGUUUCGAAUGAAUUAACUGGCGAUGGCCAGGACAGACAGCCUUCACUAGAACCCAACGACGAUCCGGCUCUCGUCAAAAGAGAAAAGCAAAUAAGUGAACAGGCAGAAGAGAUGACGGCCGAAGCGUUACCAUCGCCCGCUGCAGCUACCUCCGUUAAACAAGAACAACCCGAUGUAGCUUAUUCGGAUAAUACCAAGAUGCCAAUUAAGCCCGAGCCAGAAGAUGAUGACAUGGCAGCUUCCCAACUCGAAGCCGACCUCUUUAAAUGGGACGCCUAA